AUGGAUCUCAUCAACACGGAAAGGAAAAUGGUUUGGGAUGAAGCUCUUGCCAAAUCUGCAGAGGUUUGGGCUGCUACCUGUAUUUGGGACCAUGGACCUUCCUACUUACUGAGAUUCUUGGGCCAGAACCUGUCAGUAAGAACUGGAAGGUAUCGAUCUAUUCUCCAGCUGGUAAAGCCGUGGUACGAUGAGGUGAAGGAUUAUAUUUUCCCUUAUCCUCAGGAUUGCAACCCCAGGUGCCCCAUGAGAUGUUAUGGACCCAUGUGCACCCAUUACACACAGAUGGUUUGGGCCACUUCCAAUCGUAUAGGCUGUGCAAUCCACACAUGCCACAAUAUGAACGUCUGGGGAUCUGUUUGGCGACGAGCUGUUUACUUGGUAUGCAACUAUGCCCCAAAGGGUAAUUGGAUUGGAGAAGCACCGUAUAAAGUAGGAGUCCCGUGUUCUGCUUGUCCUCCAACGUAUGGAGGUUCUUGUACUGACAAUCUUUGUUUCCCAGGAGUAACAUCAAACUACUUAUACUGGUUUAAAUAA